AGGAAGGCAACUGCAUGAAGAAGUCGUGCAAGUUCAGGCACAUGGAGAGCAGGAAGAACAGGUCACAAAUCCCGUGUUACUGGGAGAACCAGCCAUCUGGAUGUCGCAAGCCCCACUGCGUUUUCCUGCACAGCCGGCCCCGUGCUGCCAUCCCAGAUGUGCUAGGCGCCCAGCGGGCACCGGGCUUGAUCCUGCCGGUGCCUGCGGCCCCUGUGGUAGCCCCCGAAGCAGCUACCCUGGUGGUGGCCCCUGGGGCCAAGCAGCCUGACCUGACCGCCACCCUUCCCCAAGCCAUUGAACCGGUGGUCGUCAACUUUGAUGAAGGUCAGUAGCCUUGCUUCUCCUUU